UGUCGACUUCGUUCGUUAUUAAAUCAAGUUCCUAAACAAAACAAUUAAUUGCAGAAUAUUUUUUAAAUUUCAUAUUGUAUCUUCUGUAAACUUGUGCGUACUAACUAUUAUAAACUUGCGGUAUUCUGAAAGCCACGGUUGGUUUUUAGAACGUAUUACAAUUGUUUUCAAAUGGAUAAAAACAUUUUUAACCUCAAAGUUAUUUGAGGUUACUUUGGCAUGUCUAGGUGAAAUUAAGAUUUAUAUUAAAGUAGCACAAAUAUUUACUUCAGACAAUGUAAAUCUUGAAGUUACGUCAAUGGUAAAUUGUUUAAGUAACAGUGGUAUUAUUUGUAUAUUAAAAAUUUUAGCCAGCUAAUAUUCUUUUUGAAGGAAAUAUCUAGGCCAAUACAAAUAAUGGAAAGUGAAGGAAACUACUUUUCACAGAAGCUAGAUCAACUUUUAGAUUACAUAAAAGACUCCAACUCAGACGAGUCAUGUUCUAAAAUGCUAACUUCAUUAAAGCAUGACCAUGAAAAAGUUGAAAUGGCUUAUUGUUUAUUUUUGGAAGCUGGACUGUUAGACCUAUCUGAAAAAAUGAGAGUUAAUCCCAAAUCAUGUAAAGAAUCAUCAAUUUUUAGAGACAAGGGGAACAAGGAAUUUAGACUGAAACAAGAUUUACUUGCAGUGCAAACAUAUUCUCUCAGUGUAGCAUUUGCUCCUGCCAAUUCUGAGGAAUUGGCUCUAGCGUAUGCUAAUCGUUCAGCAGUAACAUUUUCCCUUGGUGAAUAUACAGUAUGCAUAAAGGAUAUUGAUAGAGCACUUGCAGGUGCAUACCCUGAACACCUUCGAUAUAAAUUAUAUGAUCGUAAAGGGAAAUCUCUGAAGUUUUUAGGAAUGAAUAAAUCAGCAAAUGAUUCAUUUCAGAUGGCACAGAAUUGUUUACUUUCAUCCAGACUUGAAGGAGAAAAACUAAAAUCCAUAUCAUUAUCUAUGAGUGAGCAAGUGAAGAGUUAUUCUGGAACUGAUAUUAUCAUCAAAACUGUUGAGAAUUGUAUGCCUUGUCUCUCUGAAGGUAAAAGCAAAACAAUAUUAUCUGCAUCCUCUUUGGUUGAAAUUCAGUAUACUAAAGAACUUGGGCGCCACCUGAUCGCCUCUGCUGAUAUUGAGCCAGGUGAUGUUCUUGUGAUAGAAGAACCUUAUGCAUCUGUGUUACUGCCAACUGCAUACAAAAAUUACUGUUUCCACUGCAAGAAGAGAUGCCAUGCUCUUAUACCUUGUCCCAAUUGUGUAGAGGCGAUGUAUUGCAGUGAAGAUUGUUGCUCAGCCAGCUGGGACAAGGACCACAGAGUGGAGUGUUCUCUUCUUCCACUGCUCAUAGCUCUGGGUUUUACCAAGAUAGAACUGAUCGCAGUUCGGACUCUGUUGAGAGCCACUCAACAAAACAGAUCUCUUCAACAUUUGUUGAAUACAUUACCUCAGAUAGAAUCAUUCAAAGAUGACAAAACCAAAGGUUUUAAUGAGGACAGUCAAUACAAUUCCUUGGAUUAUAAAUCAGUUCAUCACUUAGUUGGAAAUAUGGAGCUCAGGUCAAAUCCAGACAUAUUCAGAAAGGCUGCAACGGCUGCUUAUAUACUGCAUUUAUUGGAUAAGAACACUGAUUAUUUCACCUCAGCAAAGUGUCAUGAAAGUAAUGAGAUGUUUUUGAGCUGUAACAAAUUUGAAAAUAAACCUUUAAAUUCAGUGAAACUUUUUGUUGGUGGACUAUUAUUUAAAUAUUUAUUGAUUGUACCUUCGAAUGCACAUGAAAUUUCAGAAAUGCUGGUGAAGAAAGUGCGUGGAAAGGUAGUCUGUGAGAGUCUGGAGAUCGGGGGAGCUUUGUACCCAGUCUUAUCACUUAUAAAUCAUUCUUGUGAUCCAAAUGUGGUCCGCCAUAGUCAUAAUGGUGAUCUCAAUGUCCUAACGGCUAUUCAAGUCAUUCCUACUGGAACACAAAUUGUGGACAACUACGGUUAUCACCACGCCCUGCAUGAUGUCACUACCAGACAGAGUGAACUGUCUUCCCAAUAUCACUUUCACUGCCAAUGUUGUGCCUGCAUAGAAGAUUGGCCUUUAUACCAUCAACUUCCAAAUAAGUAUCCUGUAUAUUUAAAUCCAAGUUUGAAAGAUGAAGUUAAUAAGUCUUCAAGAAUUUUUAAAGAAGUUUUACAAGAUAUAACUUCUGGGAAAUUGGAUGGUAAAUUGCCAUUCUUGAUGGCUCACUUGGCCCUUCUACACCGAGUCAUAAAAAGGCCAUGGCGAGAAUAUAGCGCUUGUCAAGAAGCCAUCAAGCAGUGCCUUAGUGUGCAGGCGAACCAUUAUCUAGCACCAACCAGUCUCUGAUUGUUAAUGUUAUUGUUCAUUGAGUAUUUUAUUUUAACUAUCAAUUGUUGAAUUUCAGCUAUUUGGUUACAUAAAAUAUGAACUGAAUGCUGAGGCUAAAAUUUGGGAAAUGUUAAUGAUUUUUAGUGAGAAUAUAACAUACAUGCUUUCAUAAUAA